CUUAUAAAAGAGAAUAGGGUUAGGAAGAUGAAUGACUCAAACAAUUUAUAUUGGUUUAGUGAUUUCUCACCUACAUAUACCCAACAAUCGUAGUUGGAUAUUCUGUUAACCGAAGCUUUUGUUUCUAAACGAACACUGUUUGGCAGUUCGGCUUCGCUAUAUAAAUUAUACUUUUCACUUUCUCUGAAUCUGCAGCGCUUGUUCGACUUCACUCACUCAAUCUCUGCUAGCCUAUAUACUGGGAUGAGGAAAUCAAAAGCAGAUGAGAAGAUUCUCAGCUACAACGAUGUGGUGCUUAGGCGAUCUGAUUUACACAUCCUUAGUGGUCCAUAUUUUUUGAAUGAUCGGAUUAUCGAGUUUUAUUUCAGCUAUCUUUCUUCAUGUCAUCCCUCUCAGGAUAUCCUGCUGGUUCCACCAUCCAUUGCAUUUUGGAUAAUACAAUGCCCUGUCGCUGAGGCUCUUGGUGAUUUCAUAGAACCCCUUCAUUUGCCUGAUAAGACACUGGUUAUAUUUCCCGUCAAUGACAAUGAUGACGUUGACAGAGCUGAAGGUGGUUCUCAUUGGAGCUUACUUGCAUAUUACCGCAACGCUAAUUUGUUUGUUCACCACGAUAGUUGCAGAAGCAUGAAUGCAGCACCCGCCAAGCAACUCUAUAAAGGCAUUGCUGGAUACAUGGGAUCCUCUGGAUCAGCUUCUGAGGCUAGCUUUCUGGAAUGCACUAAUUCACCCAUGCAAGACAAUGGUUAUGACUGUGGCUUAUAUGCCACAGCCAUAGCCAGAGUAAUAUGCAACUGGCAUGUAAAUCAUAAAAAUGCUGAUACAAAUGAUCUGUGGUUUUCUGCGGUGAAGGAACAGGUUUCCCCAUCUGCUGUCGCCAGCAUGCGAGGCGAGAUCCUGGCCUUGAUCAGAGAUCUAAUGGCAAGACAUUGAGAUCAGCAUGUUCCAGAUUAAAAUCUGUCUUCUUACUUGGAAGUCUAGAAUUUUAAGUGUUGAGCUUCCCCUAAUGAGAAGUGUCAAGUCUGUCUGAACCUCAAAGUUUGAGCUUCCUCUAUAACUUCAUUUAUGAGGAGACUCUGAUUUAGUGUCGAGUCUAUUUGAGCCUUUGACUACCAGUCAUUGCUGAAGCAAAUUUGAUCUUUAGCAAAUUGAUGUUUGUUGGGCAGUAAAUACUAAGAUGGGCGUACAUCUUGGUUAAAGGAAACCCUGUAUACACUGUUAUUGGCUUACUGCCAUUGCAUCUUCAACUUCGUUACAUUUUUUUUGUUUAUUUUUUUCGUUACAAUGUAAUUGAAGAGUGUGACCCUUGCUGCAUGUGAAGAACAAUUUAUUUUUUUUUAUCCGUUGUGUCUCUUAUGCUAGAUUAAUUUUUUUA